AUGCGCUUCACCACCUUGGCCAUCGCCCUCGCCGCCGGCGCCACCACCGUCCUAGCCUCCGCCAUCCCGGGCAAAAGCGCCCUCGUCGACCGCCAGGUGACGCUGUGCACCGGCGCCGAUAGCUCGGCCGUGUGCUGCGCGACCGAUGUGCUGGGCGUUGCCGACUUGGACUGUGCGCCACCUCCUACGGCGCCCACCAGCACCGACGACUUUGGAAGUAUCUGCGCCUCGAUCGGCCAGCGCGCACGGUGCUGUUUAUUGCCUAUUUCGCAGACGUCGACAUGCUUGUGUCUCGGUCCACAAGCCAACUUGGCUGACAGAAGGAUAUUCGAUGCCCUCCUGACCUACAUUGCCGGGUUGAGGAAUGAACCAUUCAGGAAAUACACAGUCGUGUCAGCCACGCUCGGCGAUUCUCAACUGACUGGACCAGCGACGACGGGGAUCCUCUCUGAUUUGAUCGUCCCGAUCCUUCAGCGAUUCCCUAACAGAUUUGCCAGCAUCUAA